AUGAGUGGCACUAAAAAGGAUGAUCAUACUAAUAGACCAGUAAGUUCUGACGGAUCCAACGAUGAUGAUCACGCAAGAGAACCAAAACGUUCUCUUCCAAAUUCAUCUGAUUCAAAGUCAUCACAGUCAGAAGAUGAGAAAAUUAAAGCUUCAGAUCACGAGGAAAUGAAUCAAUCUGUAAAUGAAAAGUUAAAAGGGUCCGCUAAGGAGAAAAUGGAGCAAACAAUAGCCGAGAAAGUUGCAGUAGCCCGUCGAAUAUGGGACUAUAUGAGUGACGAGCGAAACAAGGACUUCGCGAAUAAGAUCAAUCAAAGAGCCAAACACUUCUUCAAAAAAGAGAAAUUUGUAGUAAGACAUGAUCGCAAGAAGUAUAGGGUGGGAAGAAGCAAAGUUAUCGUAGACGUUACAAUUGCAGGAAAUGUUAAACCGAACCAAGCACCAGAAACUGAGAACUUUGAAUCAGAUUCAAACAACGAUGAAUCUGACUCUACUUCGAGCGACUCUGACUCACAUCCAAGAGCUAGAACAGAUACUAGAAAAUCAGAACGAACUAAAAAACGUAAAAGAUCUGUAUCCUACAACGAGAACAACUUCGAAAUUCCUGAUGAAGAAGAGCGCGAGACAGUUUCUAAAAAUUCAAGCUCCCAUAAAAGAAAAAAAUCUAUCAUCAAAAACACUUGCAGAUUAUCUAGCAGUGUUAGUGUUGAGACAACAGUCAUCGAAUACGAAUAUGACACACCAAAACUGAGUGUUUCCAGUGCAGUCGAAAGUAAUAAAAAAUGCGAUCGUGAUAUUGCCCCACGUCGGACAACUGAUUUCUCUUAUGCUGACUUUGUGACUAAUGCUCGUAGUAAGCAAUUGAGUUCAAAUAAUAAACCUGGAAAUUGCAUGAAAUCAAAGAAUGAAUUGUUAGCAGCUUCUUCAAAACUAAGAACGAAAUUUUUGUUAGCAACUGAUGGCAUCGACCAUUCAACGCCUCGGGGUAGAUCUGAAGAUAAGGAUAAUGAAGAAAGAAUAGAAAAUGACCAAAUGUCAGAUGUUCUGGAUCUAGACAUUAGCGGAUUCCCUUCAGACACUUCACACCAAUCGACGCCAAAGUCAACACAAAAUGACCAGCAAACUACAAUGUUGGCAUUGCAGGAACCACUUGAAUCAAUGCAGGAACCACUUGAAUCCAUGCAGGACCCACCUCAAUCCAUGCAGGUGAACAAAAUUUAA